GGCGAAAUUCGGCAUGCCGUUGAAAAUACCCGGUCAUCGAGAUUGAGCGCCAAAUCCGACAAACAGAUACGACUUGAAGGCGACAUGCCGUGUCCCCCAAUCCCCUUCUCAUCACCCUCCAAAGGGGCGAGCAAGCAGCCCUUCCAGGCUGUCAAGCAAUUGCACACCUGCUCAGAGCGAAGCGAACAUUGCAGGUGCUGCAAAUUGUUGCAGGAUAGAUUGGUUGGGUACCGUCGCAAAUCGAUCAAUCGUGCCGGACAAAAGCCACGCUCACUUGAUGCCAGUCCCGUCUCCUUCCCCGGGAUCCCUGCCGCCGAGCAAGUCAGGAAUCCCUCCAAAGAUUCCCCCGUCUCCCCAGCGCCCCUCUAACCUGCAGCAAGUCAUCACUUCAUCGCCCAUUCCAAAUUGGCCGGUGACAUCCUCCCAUUAUCUCGGCUUUCUCGGUGGGAGGCGCAUUCGUUUAGGCGAGGGUUUGGCGUUUCUCCUUGCGGGCUUGGAGCUUCUUGUAGAUGAACAGGAAGACGAGGAAGGCGGCGACAACGAAGACGAUGCAGAAGACGACCAUGGGACCGACGUUUUCGCUGGCCCAGUUGCUGCGCUUGGCGAUUUGAGAAAAGGAGUCGCGAGUGACGACCGGGAGGCUGAUGGCGGCCAUUUUGACUGCGGAGUCGGAAUCAGAUGUACUAAAAAGGCCGUAAUGUUAGCGAGUGAUAAUCUGAGAGAACAGCUAAUGGCGCCAAUUUGGACGGUUAAAACGUCUCAUUUUCGCACUACUACGGUUUCUCCCUGCGAACCUAUGUGCUUUCAGAUUGUUGAAGGGAACGAUAGGCUCUCGAGUGGAUGAUUGAGUAUAAGCGGGUAGGAUGCUUGGCAUCCGUCAUGCUCAAGCAUUACCUUAGCCACAAAAGCCGAAAGCUCUGCGCUCGGAGAGCAUUUGAAGCAAACCAUGCUCAAUAUGUCGCUCGAAAACGACCAAUU